GAGGGAGAGGGACAGAGAGAGAGAGAGAGAGAGAGAGAGAGAGAGAGAGAGAGAGAGAGAGAGAGAGAGAGAGAGAGAGAGAGAGAGAGAGAGAGAGAGAGAGAGAGAUGGAGCGAGGGAGAGGGUGACGGAGAGGGAGUGACAGAGGGAGGCUGACAUGCCACAGGGUUGCAUUAAAGCCAGCCAGGAAGAAGGGCAGGCAGAAGAAAGCUCAAAUCCCUUUGCAAGAUUCAGGUGGUUUCCUCUUCUGCAUCUGUGUGUAUCUAGAUCCAUUUUAAACAUUUUUUCCACUGAGUCCUAGAAGAUGGUAAAUGACAGAUGGAAAGCCAUGGGUGGAGCCCCUCAACUUGAAGACGGACAGCAAGAGAAAUCCCAGCGCAUGAGCUGCGGUUACAUCCUGUGCACGGUGCUGCUGUCGGUGGCUGUGCUGCUGGCCGUGACGGUCACCGGUGCCAUCUUUUUCAUGAACCACUAUCACACGCCGGUAACCGAGCCCCCACCCGUCAUCAGCACCAACCCUGACGAGGACAACAGUGCCCUGGUUACCAUCGAGAAGGCAGACAGCUCCCGCAUCAACAUCUUCAUUGACCCGCGGUGCCCGGACCACGCCGACAAUUUUGCCCGCCUGGAGGGUGCCCAGGCCUCUGUGCUUCGGGCUCUCACAGACAGAGAAACCGAGUUCAGGGUGACUGGUGGUCGGGAGCAGGCUCUGCUGGCCACACUGGCUGAUGAGGUCCCCAAACUUUUGGCCCAGGCCAUCGAGCUCCAGGAGGACUGUGAGGGCCUGAAGAGGGGGCAUGGCACUCUGGGCCAGGGGCUGAAUGCCCUGCAGAAUGAACAGGGCCGACUCAUUCAGCUGCUCUCAGAGAGUCAAAGCAACAUGGCCCACCUGGUGAGCUCCGUCAGCGACGUCCUGGACACUCUGCAGAAAGAUCGAGGGGCCGGACGUCCUCGAAUCAAGGCCGACCUGCAAAAAGUUCCCUCCAGAGGGGCCAGACCACGGGGCUGCUCGAAUGGUUCCCGCCCAAGAGAUUGUCUGGACAUCUAUGCCAGCGGCCAGCAAGAAGAUGGGAUUUAUUCUGUUUUCCCCACUCAUUACCCUUCAGGCUUCCAGGUGUACUGCGACAUGAGUACUGACGGAGGGGGAUGGACGGUUUUCCAGCGUCGGGAAGAUGGUUCUGUCAACUUCUUCCGUGGUUGGGAGGCCUACAGGGAUGGCUUUGGCAAACUCACCGGAGAACAUUGGUUAGGGCUCAAGAGGAUUCAUGCUCUGACCAUGCAGGCCAACUAUGAGCUGCACAUAGACUUGGAGGACUUUGACAAUGGCACUGCCUAUGCCCACUAUGGAAACUUUGCUGUGGGAUUGUUCUCUGUGGACCCAGAAGAAGAUGGCUACCCCAUCACCAUCUCUGAUUACUCUGGCACGGCAGGUGAUUCCUUCCUGAAACACAAUGGUAUGAAGUUCACCACCAAGGACCAAGACAACGAUCACUCAGAGAAUAACUGUGCUGCUUUCUACCAUGGGGCUUGGUGGUAUCGCAAUUGCCACACCUCCAACCUCAAUGGUCAGUACCUCAGGGGUCACCACUCCUCCUAUGCGGAUGGCAUCGAGUGGUCCUCCUGGACAGGAUGGCAGUAUUCCCUCAAGUUCACUGAAAUGAAGAUCCGGCCAGUCAGAGAGGAAAAUUAGACCGGGACCUCCAGCAUCCACCCCAUCCUCACUCGCCUCUCUCUUCUCCCCUCCUUGCUACUCUGCCCUCCUCUCUCUCCCCAAACUCUUGUGUUGUUUUGUCCAUGAGUCAGAGUGAACCAGCCUCCCACCGGUGAUGCUUUCACCGUGGUCCCUGCAGGCAAAGAGUUGAGAAAAGACAGUCAAAGGCUCUUCUCCAGGUUCAGAAACAUAAAACUUUUCUCUAUCAGCUGGUGGGAGGCAAAUUUUGGAGAUGGAAAAAAUAAUAUAUAUCAGGGUGUUUAUAUAUAUAUAUGUACACACACACACACACAUAUAUAUAUUCACACACUGGUAGCUAUAACUAGGGAUAGAGAAAAACUAUGAAGAUGACUUUAAAAUCCAUAUUUUAUACCUGCCCUAGAUUUUGACUCACCCAAUAGGUAUUCUUGCCAGACCUGGAUCUAAUUAGAUUUGUCAGAAUUCUGUCUCCCUGUAUCAAACAGACACAGUGGUAAUAGCAGGUCCCACCAGAGUCGGGGUGCAAAAAGAUGGGAUUGGGGGUAAUGAGAAAGGAUGGGCAUCUCAGAUGAUGUGUGGGUAAAGGGUCCCAUCAAGGGAGACAUGAAGUUAGGGGCAUGGAUUUAUUUUUACUUGGUUCUCCUCUCUUGGGAAUGGGAGAUUGGUGACCUGAACCCAGCCAGGCCAGCCCUCAGGCUCAGCAGUCCUUCCUCAAGUUCUCCUCCUUAUCUGCUCUCUGACUUAUCAAUGGUGAAUAGAGGCUGGCCUAUCCCCCUAGAGCCAUGAGAAGCACCAGAGAUGGUGGAGACUCCCAAGCACCUAGCCAGGUGUGGUGGGCACAGAUCAAGAAUCAUGGUGAGUUGCAAAAAAGUCAUAUUGGCACAAGAUAGUGAGGAACUGGGGGAAGAGGCAUUGGUGAAUUUGGGGGGCCUCCCAGGAGAGUUCUUUUGCUCCAUACCUUGAGACUAGCCUAGACUUCCAAACUUUCCUCUUCAGGCAUCCGGCAGGUCUCCAGCCUCCCAACCCUCUCUGCAAUCAGGACUUUUAGGCUGGACCUCUUUGCAGCAUCCCAGCCCAAACCGAUGGAGGUACAGUGGGAUUCACCCCCAGCCCUACUGUUCUUCCAUCCCCGGCUCUUGUAGCUGAGGAUAGCUAAAGCCAAUGGCCCGAUAACUUCAUUCUCUUCUUCCCUGCAUGGAAGUUUCUGGCUCUCAGACGGGUCCCCGGAGCAAGGCAUUCCCUCAGCCAAAGAGGCCUGAGAGAUUCUAGGCUUUGACGGUCAAGGUGGUGGCGUGGGAUCCAGCCUGGGCAGGGCUGGACUGUGACUACAGCCCGAGCCUGGCUUUCGAAGACUAUGGAAAGAGAAUCUCAAUUCAGUCUCAGCACAAGCUCUUGUUUCCUUUGGAGAGAGGUCGGGGCCCCAGAGAGCCCCUCCCUUGUUCUGCCCCUCUCCUCUCCCCAGAUGGGCCUCCUGUUUGCACCCAAUCUGACACCGGGGCUUUCUGCGUUGGUCCCAGAACAGGCCUGGCCUCGGGGAGACCGUUAGCCCAACAGAAAGAGGGGUGGCGAACGGAGGGUGCGGGGUGGGAUGGGGCACCAGAGAGAUAUGGAAAAGCUGCUGGUGUGGCCCCCAAAAAGCACCUGGCAGAAGCAGAUUGAGCCGAGUAUUUUCAUGCGUGCUGCUCUAUCCCAGAUCCCCCUCCUGGGCAAGCUCUUUUCCUCUUGGGCCCAGGAGGUGGUUAUCAGCACAAGCUGUUUGGGGCUGAGCCCAGAUGUUCCAGAACGUCUCUUCCCUCCCACUCCCUGGUGGAGAGGCUCAGCCUCGGGCCCAGGGGCCACUUGCAUCAGGCCUUCUGAACGACCCGGGCAUUGGCGGGACGGGCACGCCUCUCCCUGGAGAGGCGCCCUCAUUCACGGGCUCCACGGAAGGAGGCUCUAUCCCUCCCCUUGCCUGUGGGCCCUGCCAUCACGCACAGGCCUCCCAGCCUCCGAGAGAGCUCCAGACCGGGAACGAGGAGUCCCCACAGCCCCGUGUUCCUCAUUUAAGAAGCAGGGGAGGAGGCAGCCCCAUCCCAGCCCUUCCUGCUGUGAUUGCAGACUGUGGGUCCAGGUUGACAGAAAUUCCCUCAGUCAGGAACUUCCCUCCGGCAUCCUCACCCUCAUUAGCAGGCAGAAGUAGUCAUGGUUCAGUUGUCAGAGAUGGUGGGGUUUUUUCCUUCUGCUUCUUUUGAAGUCACCUUCCCUGGAAAUACAGCAAGGCCCUGCCCGCUGCUCACAGGGGAAGAAGGCCUUCGCUGUUCCUGGGGUUUGGGGCUUAUGGCUGCAAGGGACCUCAGAGAUCAUCGAGUCCCCCCUCUUCCUUUGACAGGGGAGGGGGCAAAGUGACCUGCCCAAGGACACACGGCCAGGAAAUGCCCGAGCCGCGACCUCUGACUUUAAAUCCUGUCAGUCCGUCCAUCGCACCAUCCCUCUCCUCUUCUGCUCUGGUCAGCUUUCAUUCACUCAUUUCAUUCUCCAGGUAAAGGAGGAUUUGCUGACCCGCCGGGGCAGAGAGGUCGGGGCAAUGGCCCAACUCUGUCAGACUGACCCCAGGGAGAUCUUAGAGAAGUCAGAGUGGCUGGUCAGCUUGACCAGAAGGGAGACGCAGCAGCUGCCUCACCUGGUGGGGCUCAUUCCCUGGGGAUGAAUGGAAAUGGCACGGCGAGCCCAGGUCCUGGGCAAGAGAGCAGUGGGUAAGUGGGUGAAUGAGGAGGCCGGAAGGAAGAACGCGGUCAUCUCAAACUUCCACGCCAGGUCUGUGGCUGCCUCCCAAGCCCUUCACACACUCACACACACCAUUCCUUGAAAAAUGUUUUCAGAUCAAAACAGAAGGUAUUAUGGGAAAGCCCUCAGCCAGGAGGCAGGGAGCUUCCAUUUUGAUCCUACACUCUGCCAUGUUGGAUGAUCUUAGACACAUCCCAUGACCUCUCUGGGCUGGAGUUUCCUCAUUUUUAAAAUAGAGUUGGACUAGUAUAAGGUUUGUAACCAUUAUUGUGUCAUGGACCCCUUUGACAGUCUGGUAAAGCCCGUGGACCCCUUCUCAGAUGAAUGUUUUUAAAUGACUAAAGGAAAUGCGAAAUUUCAGUUUGAGGUUGGUUAAAAUAAAGAUGGGCAUUUUUUGUUUCCCCAUCCAAGUUAAUGAAUCCCUUGAGAUCUAUUCCUGGGCUUUAGCUUCAGAACUCCUAGAUGAGAGGAUCUCUAAGGCCUUCCACUUCUGCACUCCAUGAAGGUUCAUGAAGGAAAGCGGGGCGACCUCAAUUUUCUUGACUAUACAGGCACCUUCAUCUGCCGCAUCCCCACACAAACCCUUUGCAUUUCCAGGAAACAGAAUAUAAGGAAGUUCCUCUCUGCCACAAAUCUCGCAAAGACCAAAGGGACACUGGGGGAAUUUUUGCCUCCAGGUAGGAAGGCUACAUGAUAUACUUUAAAACAUAGGUUAUGGUUAGGUCCUCUCCCAGCAUGACACAAGCUGAUCAAGUUAUUUGCCUUGGAUGUACCACCUUCUGGCUCCAAGUCAAAAGCAGUCAAUGGGUAGAGAUGGAAGGCCAGGAUGCCCACAUUGUCCCUGGCCUGGGUUGCUGGUGUCUUGCUCCAAAGCAUGAUCGGCCCCCUACCUUCUCCCUCCACUCCAGGCAGGGCCAGAUGAAGGUCCAGGCCCAUAUCCAAAAGGUGCAUUUUCAUUGACAUGGCAACCAUCAAAUCUGAGGGUCUAAAGUCAGCCCUACCUACUCUGAACUCUAAAGAUCUGCAGUGUAGGCACUCCCUUCAGGCAAACCUUUCCUUUCUUUGCUAGACCAGUCAUGAGAAAUGUAAAAAACAAAAUCACAAGCCAGUGGCAUUUUCCGGACAUGAGCCUCUCUGUUCUUAGCGAGGCUGGUCCUCAGCUAGUGAGGAAAGACUUCUUUCCAGGAUUUGGUGGAACCUGCUAGAGCUUGUGAUCCAUUGGCAUCCCCAUGAAGAACCCAGUGCCCCCUCUGCCCCACAGUUUGGCAUCAGAAGUCUUUACAACUCUGCUUAUCUUCCCUGGCUCCUACGCUUGCUCCCUUUCAGGCCAAACACAUUCCUUUCUUUAUUGAUUUAGAUUAAGGGAUCUGGAAAAGGAGUUUCCAUAUCCCCAAUUCUAGGACUCCACUCCCCCUCAUUUAGGAACCGAGGCAGGCACAGUGCCCGGGGAUCCCCAGUCUUGGCAACGGAAGCUGAACCCAAGGGCCAGGACCCCCCUCACCCCACCCCGUCAGUCCUCACUUUGGCUAGGACCUGGGUGAAUCGAUUUCCUUCUCUGUGAAACUUGCGUGGGAAGUGUCAAGCAUUUUCGGAACUGUCACCAAACAAACUCCCGGUGAGAUGGUAAUUGAUUCACAGAUGCACAGGAAUCAGAAGGCACAGAAGGCAACUUGCCCUUUUUUGGCUGUCACACAGAUGAACAGCAGCAGCACUUGGGUGGAGGAAGAGCAGGCGGAAAAGUCUGGUGGUUAGAACCAAGGGGAGGCAGCUCGGAGCCCCCAUGUCUGGUUUGGGGUUCUGAGGCCACCUCGGCAACUUUGGUUCUGCCAUCUACCCACUCCUGAUUUUGGUAACUGUCAAAUUAAUUACCUAUUCCCCUGGGAAGCUCGAGUAGGCAUGGUGUCCCUAGGUUCUUAAAGGUACGAGGGGCAGGGCUGGAACUAGGAAUUUUUGCACCUAGGGCAAGUUCUCCAAGCCUGCAAGAGGCAAGCUUCGAUGAGUCUUCCAUUUGUUUUCCCCAGGGAAGAAGGCAGGGGCCUAGAAUGGCAGAUGCAGGGUGAGCUUACUCCAGCCUGCCAUCUGCUAGCUUUCUAUUUUAACUGAUGUUUUUCUUGCUAACUGGGUGCUAACCUCUGUGGUUUCUGUGCUUGGGAAGGAGGACAUGGACCAUCAGCACCCCAGAAAUUCAGCCCUCUAGGGCAGAGGCCCAGUGGUUCCAUGGUAGUUGGGGCUCAGAGCCCUGGUCACCACCAUGGUACAUUCUGAGACUAAUAUCCCUGUUGCCAACUGACUCUGUCCUCUCUGGGGAUGGGAGUGGGUUUCGGUCAUAUCUAAGGUCAGGGUCAAGCCUCUGCUGGCUCCCCCUGACCCUUUCACAAAAGCAGAAAAUCCCAGCCUUCCCAAACCCAGUGAGUUUCCUUCAUUCUGCCAGAGGCUGGUGAGGACUUCUCUGGGCUUCUGUCCCAGGACUUGUCUGGAUUUUCUAGGACUUUGAGGGCAAAGCAAGAAAAAGGGUGGUGGUGAUGGUCGCCCCUUCUCAAGCCCCGAGUCUACACUGUCAAUACAAGAUGGAUGAGCUAGCCCCUGAACUGAGAGACUUUCUUGCAUUUUUAGAAAGAGAUAGUUUCAGAAAUUGAAAAGGGACUUGCAUUUAGAAUCAAAGAUAUAGGUUUGAGUCCUGGUCCUGCUACUUUACGAGACGUAAGACUUCUACCAAGACAUUUUGCCUCUCUGGUGCUCAGUUGACUCAUCUCUAAAAUGGAAAUAAUAAUUGGUAGUAAGAGCAAUAGGAUCUACCAUACAAGGGAGUAAAUAAAGUCAUAUGUAUAAAUGUUAAAGUGCUAUAAAAUGUUAGCUAUCAUAUUCUUCUUCCUGAGAACAGGCACAGAGAAGAUGCAUUUCAAUCAGCAACUUAAACAAAAAACUCAAAAAAAAAUCAGAAAUUGAUUUCUCUAGUCUUACCCUGUGUCUCCCCUAAAAGCAUUAGAAUACAUAAACACACAUACCCUGUACAUGAAUAUACAUAUAUUACACAUAUGCUAUGUACAUAACCAUACCUAUGUGUGCACAUAAACAUACAAGAACAUAUGUACACUUACUUAUCUAGCCAGCACCACUUCCUUCUCUUUCCUAAGCACUCUCUUCCCCAGCUGUAAGCAUUUUAAAGUCCCAGAUGUACUUGCCGGCCUCGAAGGCUGAUACCGAACUGCCCCCUCCAAUCUCUGCCACCUUUUGCCUUGGGCACCAUCAGCCUGGGCACUUCCCAGCGGGAACCCCAGGAGAGAAGCAAAGGUUGGGUUGAGACAAAAACACUGCAAAUAGUUUUCAAAUUAUUUUCCCCUUGUAGCCACAUGUAAAUAGUACUGAGAGAGCCUGCACUUAGGCAUGGAUGUGAGCUUGUGCCUGCUGAGCUCUUCCCGCCAUUCCCCAACACCCUCCCCCCCCAGCCCCAUCCCCAGGCAUCCUCCACACAUGAGAGUGUUGGAAGGAGCUUCCUUCAUCCUCCCAGAGGCUUUACUCCUCUAGUUUCUUCCCUGCUUGGCUUGGCUUUGGGGCCAGAAACUUAGCUUGCAUUUGAGCCAAAAGCAGUUGAAUCCCCACAUCACCCCCUAGGAAUCUCUAAGUGAAUUGGUUUAGAGCUGCCAAAAAGGUAUUUAAUACAGUCUAAGGAUACAGGGAUUGUGGGGGAUUAGGUGGGAAUAUGUAAACAGCUCCCCACCAUCUUGGAUUGCAUUGAAUCUGUUUAUGAGCAUGGUCUGUGCACAGGGAGGUCGGGAGGUGAGACAAGGCGUCUGGCAAGAGAUUGAGGAGUGCAGAAGGGAACCCGUGGCAUGGACCAGUGUAGCAAAAAUAUCUCUCUCCUCUGGGGUUUUGGUAAAGAGAACUCCAUAUUCUCUAGAAGUCUGGUACAGUAGAAAGAGUCAGGAGGCCUAGCUUUAACUCUGCCAGGAACUUGUGUGACAAGAGGCAAGUCAGUUCACCUUGCAUCUUGACUCAGUUUCCUCAUCUGUAAAAUGGAGAAAGAAUAACUUGUGUAUUUGCCCUGCUACCAUGCAGGUAUUAUUAUUGUUGUUGUUGUCAAACUCUUACCUAGAUCAUGUAUACACUUGAAAAUGUGGUCUGAGGACAACAAAGUGAUAAAGACAGAUGUGCGUAUGCACCUCUGCACACACUCGCAUAUGUACUUAUAGACCCAAGCACAUACACGAGGAUAGUUAGCCUUCUCCUUCUCAACUGUCCCCUUGUGCCUAUUUCCCCAAACCACAUCUGAAGCUGCAUUAGGCGAGUGUCUCUCCUGGCCCACAACAGGAAAUGUAGCCCACAGAUAGGAAGCAACGUGCUUCCAGGGAAUGGUAAGCAAGCUGGGGCAGAGGAUGCUCGGGGACUUGGCUAGUCCCCCCGCUGAUCAAAUUAGCCUCCCUGAACAGAUGUCAGCUUUUGACACCAUGCCAUGGCCUCUCCCCAGGCUCCUCUAACCAGCCUUCUUGACUGUGGCACCAUAGAGCUGCUUAGGCAGGGGGUUUCCUGAUUCUGGGGGCAUGGCUGUGAGACUUCUAGUCUGAAAGGGGGAGCUUGAGACCAUCUGCAGGAGAAGGGGGCUUUCAGUCCAGGACAGAGCAACAGAAGCAGGGUUGGACUGUGAGGCAGACCUUUCGUGUUAAUAAGGUGAGAGAGACGGACAGCAGUGGUGCCACUGUGGAAAGAUGAUUGAUUCUGUAGUCAGAAGGACCUGGGUUCAGAUGACCACCUUCAAUGCUUACUAAUGGCAGGACCUUGGAGAGAUCACAUAGUCCUUAGUUUCUUUGGUUGUAAUCUAGAUGUGGGGCAGAUUAGAGGGUCUCUGAGGUCCCUCCCAGGUUCUAGACCUGGCCAAUGAGGGGGGUGGAUCAAAUGAUCUGAGAUCCCUCCCAGGUCUAGACCUGUCCAUAGGGGAAUGGAUUAAAUAGUCUCUGAAAUCUCUCCCAGGUCUAAAUCUGUCAAUGAAGAAGGGGGGAGGGAGGAAAUCAGAUGAUCUCUGAGUUCCCUCCAGGUUUAGAUCUGUUCAAUUGGAGGUGGGAUGGAUUAGAUGAUCUCUGAGGUCCCUCCCAGGUUCUAGACCUGUCCAUUUGGGGGAGGGGGUAGAUUAGAUGGUCUCUGAGGUCCCUCUCAAGUUCUAGACCUGGCCAAUUAGGGGGUGGGUGGGAUGGAUUAGAUGAUCUCUGAGAUCCCUCCCAGGUCUAGACCUGUCUAUGAUUUAUGUAGAUCUUCUGGAAGGUCCUUUCUAGCUCUAAUAUUCUAUGCUCUAAAGCCCCUUCUAGCUCUAAUAUCCUAUGUUCUGUAUUCUAAGAUCCCUUCUAUCUCUAGAAUUCCUGGAUUCUAGACAGAAUGAGCUCUCUCCUAGCCAUCUCCUGUAGGGCCACAGGAUCCCCACUGACCUUCAGAAGUCUGUGUCUUGGUAAUGGUUGAAGCUGCUGGAACAAAUGUAAUGUUUAAUGGUCCAAUACACAUAAGUAGUGUGUGGUUGGUGUCAAGCCCUGUUUACAUGGAUUUCCAAUCUCCUUAAAAUAAAGGAACUCAUUCUGACCUUA